AUGUCGCGCGCGCGACGAGCGUCACUACUGUAUGUUACAACGACGGCGUCACUCUCGCGCGUCGCGCGCGGCUCUGACGCGCGCCGCGCGCGCGACGGCGCUCAGCGCCGCCCUGGCGCCGAAUAUAAACGUGCGACCGCCCGCGACCGGCAGCGACGCGCUCGACGCCGCGGCGUCGCGCACGCGCUUCGCCGGCGCGCGCAGCGCGUCGCGCAUGGUCGACGCCGCGCGCGCGCGCGCGUCCCUCACCGCGCGCGUCUCGUCUUCGUCUUCGUCUUCGUCUUCGUCUUCGUCUUCGCGUCCCGACAAAUACGCCGCCAACGCCGCGGCGCUCACCGCGAAAUCCUCGCCCCCGACCGUCGCGCCCUCGUCCACGAUCGUCGUCGGCACCUCAAACUUUCCUCCCCGCUCGACGAACUCGACGUCGUACCCCGCGCUCGUCGCGAGCAGCGCCAGCGCCGCCGGCGGCGCCGCGGCCACCGCCGGCAUGUCCCGCGCCACCUCGCUCACCGCCAUCGCCGCCCGCAGCGCGUCCUCCGCGCUCUCGAAGCACACGAACGCGUUCGUCGCGCGCGUCGCCGUGCGUCGCGACGUCGUGUACACGGCCUCGCGCUCGGGGUCGUCGAGGUCGAACACGAGCAGAUGAAUCGCGUCGAGCGACUCCCACGCCGCGCGCGCGUCGCCGUCGCGGCGCGUCGCGCGCGCCGCGCGACGACCGCGCGCGCCGCGUCGCGACGGCGCGCGCCGAGCGACGAUCGCGCGCGGCGUCGCGCGGCGCGACAUGGCGCGUCGCGCGAUGCCGGCGCGAAUCGUUCGGAUCGAUGCUCGACGCGCGGCAGUGCGCGACGCGGCGCGCGCGGCCGCGUCGCGAUGAGCGUCGACCCGGUGCUCGUGGUGUACGGCGUCGUCGUCGCGCGCGCGGUGUGCGAUCGCUACGGCGCGCGCAUCGCGAGCGAGUACGACGUGCUGCGGCGACGGUUGCGACGAUUUUCGCGACGCGUCGCGCGCGCGGCGAACGGCGCGGUGGCGAAGGCCGCGGGCGCGCGCGACGUGGAGAGCGCGCUGCGAGAUCUGGGGGACGUGAACGCGGCGCUGGCGCGGUUGGCGACGGCGCUGGGAUUGGGGACGGAUGGAGGCCGCGCGCGGUUUCGGGCGGCGCUCUCGUACGACGAGGGAAAGUGCCCGCGGUGGGCGCCGACGUUCGCGAGGAAGGCGUUGGCGGAGUGCGGGGUGGACUUUGAGGCGGUCGGCGUCGAUCGCGAGACGGACGCGCGCGAGGGUGGGUCGGGAGGGCGAUGGCGACGCGCGGCGUACGGGUACGUCGCCGAGCCGCGGCGACGAGGCGAAGACGGGACGAGCGGCGAGGGGGAAAUCGUCGCGGACGAGGGCGGCGUCGACGGCGAAAACGGCGAGACGAGCGACGAGGACGGGUUCGAGAUCGUGCACGUCAUUCGUCGGGCGACGUUCGAGGAGUUUUAUGGUUCGUUAAAGCCGACUAUUCAACAGCUGGCGAUUGAUUUGGACGCCGAGCGCCGCGCGGCGAAUCGCGCGGCGACGGCGUCUUCGUCCGACGGCGUCGACGCCGCGGGCGAAGGCGAGGACGCGGAGUGUUCGAUAUGCAUGGACAACAAGCUUCAAGUCGUCGUCAAUUGCGGACACGCGUUUUGCGACGAGUGCCACGCGCGUUGGCUUCGAGUCUCCAUGACGUGCCCGAUCUGUCGAGAAGUCCUACCGCGCGAGCUCGACGACGAAUCCGACGCCUCUUUCGCGCUCGUCGAUUUCGACGACGUUCGCGACGCCGUCGCGCUCGCGGCGCGCGCCAACCGUCGCCUUCUCGCCGACAUCGCCGACGACUGGCGCGUGGAGACGCGAGACGUCGCCCCCACCGAGGACGAAAUCGACGACGAUUUGCGUCGUCGCGCCUCCCGUCUCGCCGCUCGCAUCGACGCCCUUCCCGCCGUCGCCGAGCGCGACGACGCCUUCGCGCGUUUCGCGCGCUUCGCCGCCUUCGCCGCGGGUGCCUAG